AUCGCUAAUUUUAGUCAGUCGGAAAUCAUCUUCGAACGUUGAAAAAUGGAUCGGUAGCUAAAAGAGAUAAUUUAAAGCGAAAAACGCAAAGAAAACGGCUUUUGUCCGCUAUUUCAGCGAUUUUUUUUGUGUUGUAAUCAGCAGAAAAUUUUUAACAACAGCUACAACGACCAAACACCACCAGUCAGUCCCAGGCAAUAACCAACAGCAAAUUUUGCAAUAUUCAAUCAAAUUUUACUGCAACCACAAUAAAAUCAACCAUAUUCAAGCCCCCACAAAUACAUAUAUACCAAUACAUCUACCACAAAGGUAAAAAGCAAAGAGGAUCGAAUCAUUUAAUAUUGAGACAAAUAGAAGGAAUAUUCAAUUUUGUGCUUGCUUUUGCUAAUGUGAUGAGAAAAUCCAGCAACAAUACCAACAACAAUAGCCACCAUUACCAACAACCGACCGACAAUAGUGCAGCGCAGCCGACGUCAGCAGAACAGCAGCUGCCGAACAGUGGCUGAAAAAUUGUUUUGCCAAAGUAAAUUUUCCUGCGACAAUUUUUCUUCUAUUUUGAUGCUGCUGCGCAAUUCGCAACGACGCCAACUGCAACUACAUCAAGUGCAGAAAUUGUAGUAGCAAAAAAUUCAAAUAACAAUUAAUUUCUUGGCAGAGCAGCCGCAGCCAUAGCGCAACAGAAAAAUCUUUUCAAUAGCCACCAUUUUGAAUGAGCGCAGCAACAACAGCUAACGCCGCAGCAGCAGCAGCAGCAGAGAGAGCGAGAGCACAACGCAGCCGUUGCAGAAGUAGCUGCAGCGACGUUGACGUCAACGCUGUGUCUUAUUAGCACCCUGUAAGAGCGAAAAGGAAAAGAAGGCAAGCUUGCAGCUGUUAGACCGGAAUAGUUCUCAAAAACACGGUGCGUGCAUUUGCUAGUGUGAUAGGAGUAAAGAGAGACUGUGUGAGUGCCAAAAAGGGAAACCAAGGGAUUCAAAGUCGAAAGACAGCGCCAAAAUUAUGGUUUUACGUAUUUUGGAAGAGGAAAAUGCCAGCACAGCUGCUGCAAUGGAGUUCGCGUCGCUGCGACGCAACGCCGGCAGCGGCAGCAGCGCCAACAACAACAACGCAAGCGGCUCUGCGGACAGCGGCGUAGGCGUAGGCAGCAAUGUCUCUUGCAGCAACACGGACAACAGCUGCAGCCAAAGUCAAUCAGACGGCCAGAAUGAGUUAACGCGCUAUAGCAGCGAAGAUGUGUCCGGGAACGAAUCGAGCGAAGCGCCGAAUAUGACCGAAGUGGAGCGUCAGGCGGAGCUCAACCGGCACAAGGAGGAGAUGCAGAAGAAGCGCCGUAAGAAGCGCAUCAGCUCCUCGCUGCACUCGUCAACAUUUCAGGAGUUGUAUAAGCUGACUGGCGAGAUAUUGGGCGAGGGUGCGUAUGCAUCGGUGCAGACGUGCGUUAACAUCUAUACCGAUCUGGAGUAUGCUGUGAAGGUUAUCGAUAAGAUACCAGGACAUGCGCGUGCGCGUGUCUUUCGUGAAGUGGAGACAUUCCAUCACUGUCAGGGACAUCCGGGCAUCUUGCAAUUGAUCGAAUUCUUCGAAGAUGAUGAGAAAUUCUAUUUAGUGUUUGAGAAAAUUAACGGCGGCCCAUUGCUCACGCGUAUCCAGGAGCAAAUCUGUUUUUCGGAGCACGAGGCGGCGCAGAUCAUCAAAGAGAUCGCAUCCGGCUUAGAUUUUCUGCACAAGAAGGGCAUUGCUCAUCGUGAUCUCAAGCCGGAGAAUAUAUUGUGCGUUAAAACGGAUUCGCUCUGUCCAAUUAAAAUAUGUGAUUUUGAUCUGGGCUCCGGCAUAAAGUUCACCACGGACAUAUCAUCGCCAGCGGCCACUCCCCAAUUGUUGACCCCAGUCGGCAGCGCCGAGUUUAUGGCUCCAGAAGUAGUCGAUUUAUUCGUAGGCGAAGCCAAUUAUUACGAUAAGCGCUGUGAUUUGUGGUCUCUGGGUGUAAUUGCUUACAUCCUACUCUGCGGUUAUCCGCCAUUUUCGGGCAACUGCGGAGAGGAUUGCGGUUGGAAUCGCGGCGAGAACUGUCGGACGUGCCAGGAGCUGCUCUUCGAGUCCAUACAAGAGGGCCGCUUUUCUUUUCCGGAGGCCGAGUGGGAGGAUGUGACCGAUGAGGCCAAAGAUCUAAUUUGCCGUCUUCUAGUUAAGCAGGCAUCGAAACGUCUCAGUGCCGAAGCUGUGCUCAGCCAUAAGUGGAUUCGCAUGUGCGAGCAGGAGCCGUUCGUUAACAAGCAAACGAUCCGCCAUAAGGCGCUGCAAACGCCAAACAAUAUCCGACGUAACCAUCAAUCGGCACGUGAAAUUUCCCAGUUUGCUGAGUCGGCUAUGGCCGUGAAGCGGGUGAUCCUGCAGCAUUUCUCGAUGCGCUACGAUUAUAUGAAGGAACGCCCGAACAUCUAUCAGCCCUCGCAGGCCUAUAAGGACGCGUACAGCGAUGAGAAUUAUAAUCCAAAGCCACCGGCUCACUAUGUACGCAGUCGCUCUCGUAAUGCAUCGGCAACUGCAUCUGCUGUCGUCGCCAACAACAACGUGAAUGCCUCCUCUUCGUCCACUUACGGCGGUCGGCUGUCUACGGCUCAGCGCAGUGGGGGCAGUAGCCAUAGCCGUCAAUCGUCGAGGAAUGCCUCUGGCAUAUUUAACAACAGCGGUGGCUUCAAGACCCUCAAUGUGCACGAGGAGGACGAUGACGAUGAGGAGGCGUUGGAGGCUUUUGGCCGUCUGGAUGAGGGUGUAGAUGAUGAGUGGGCACAGUCCACACGUCGCUAUCAGGAGCAGCGCGAGCGUCAAAAACAACAGCAGGAGCAAAAUCCGAAAACUGGCCAUGCUGGCGAUCCAAUAUAUGAUGAUGAUGAGAUGGGAGAGGAGGACGAGGAGGAGAGAGAGGGCGAGGACUAUCAGCAUUAUAAGCAUUAUUGGCGCACGCUCGACGAAGAUGAGGGCGAUGAUUAUCUCUAUGAGCAGCAGCAGCAGAACGAGGAAUAUAUAGCUGAAGAAGAUGAGUUCGACGAGGAGGAGGAGGAGGAGCAGCAUAAGCAGCUGAAGAAAACUGAAGCCGACAAUCGAAAGCAAUUGAAAGCUGAAGGUGAUGAGAACGAAGAGGAGGAGGUUAAGGUAGUAGAGAAUGAGGAUGAACUUAUUAUUGAUAAUAUGGAAAAACUAAAGCAAAGUGAAUUUGCUACAAAAGCAACAACAAUGCGCAACGAUGCGCAGGAGAAACCCGUGUUUAAGGAUGAGAAGAAGCAGGAGAACGAGGAUGAUGAUGUUGAUGGGCCUAAAAAGCAACAAGCAACGUCAUGUGAUAUUAGUGCUACUACAAUCACCAAUACCAAUACCAACACCAACACCAACACCAACAACAGCAACAAAAUGCAAACAACACCAGUUAAAGCAACAACAACAACUAAAACCCAAACGAAUGGCAACAAAGGCAAUGAUAAGGAUAACGAUUAUGCUAAUGAUUACGAUAAUGAUGAUAAUGAUGAUGAUAACGAUGAUGAAAAUGAUAAUGUUUAUGAUAAUGAUGAUGAUUAUGUUAAACUAUUGGAUAGUAUUAGUGAUUUAAAUGAAAAGCUACCUGAAAUUUAUGAGACUGCAAAUAUUGUUGUCAACUCAGCGGCAGUGCCGGCAGCAGAAGCAACAACAACACCAGCAGAAGCAGCAGCAGAGAGAGCAACGUGCCCACCAAACGAUAAUGAUAAUGAUAAUGAUAACAAUGUAGAAGAUUUGAAAGUGCCGACAACUGCAGCUGAGAAGACAACAAUGCGAACGACUUUUGGCAAACAACAGCAACAGCAACCGCCGCAGCAAGAAGAACAACAACAACAACAAUCUGCUGGCAACAGUAACAAACAGCAGCGCAAUGUUUACUUUGCAUUGGAUGCAUAUCAAAAUGACGAGGAUGCCGACAUUGAUGAAGAAGACGAUGACUACGAUGAUGAUGAUGAGGAUGAUGAGGAAGAUGAUGAUGAUUAUGAUGAUGAGCACGAGAUGAAAUCGGUUGGAAACGGUUUAAAGCCAACGAUCCCAGCCAUUUGUAAUGCCUACACACGAAAGCAACGGCAGCAGCAGCAACAACGUUAUGUAGCUCCACACGCCGAGCCGCACCGCCUAGAGAAUUGGCGCCAUCGCAGCCAUCAACCGGAGCAGCCGCAGCGACAUAACAUGAUCGCUCCUGGUGGCGGAGGCGGUUUUCGAAAGUACCGCCCACCCUUUAGCACUGGCGGCGGUGGCGGCCACUAUGGCAAUCAGCAGCGCAACUACUUGGGCAGCUUCUCUCACGGCGGCGGUGCCGCUGGCUACAAGAUACAGCAGCAGCAACAACAGCAACAGCAGCAGCAGCGGCACAAUAGCGCUGGAAGCAGCAGCGGCGGAUCGCCGCCUUCCGAUGAGCACUCGACGUCGCCUGCAACGCAGAUUCGGAACUGGCGACAGGAUUGCGUCUAUGCGCCCAUGCGUGGUUGCGGUAUGAAUCAGCCUAGCAGAGGCUUGCAGCGCGCCCAUCAGCAGCAGCAGCAUCAUCAUCAGCAGCAGCAGCCAACUGUUCGCAUUGGCUCUGGCCGCUUUGUGCAUUCGUCCCAAGUGCCGCCACAUCUGUUGGAUGAGCCGCCCACAUUGGGCAUCGGACUGUCGCCGCCCAGCGAGAGUCUAUUGCUGCAGCGGCGCAUGCGGCAGCAGCAGCGGCCCGGCGACUUGGCCGAGUAUUGUGAGCCCGCUACGGCCAGUGGCUAAGUUAUGAAGAAGAAUAGCAACAACAACAACGAUAACUGCAGCUGUCUGAAGGAGUCCCAUGUGG